UUACUGAUAACGGACAGACGGACAUUCCCACAUAACAACUAGGUCUUUCCGAAACCACAGAGGCCAUCAUGGUUCCUUACAUCUGUCUGCUAAUGCUUCCCGUCGUCAUGGCGAUGGAGCAAGACCAAGCCAACAUCCCCCACGGGUACCAGGUGCCCAAUCCCUGCUACCCCACCGUGCACUGGGCGGCGGUAGGUCACACACAUCAGUUUUCAGGGUCAAAGGAUGACCUCAACCAGUUCGGCAAGGACUUCAUGGCGGCCGGCUUCCAAUGGACAGCUGACCUCUGCAUGAAGGAUUCGGACGGAGACGGCUGGACAAACGGACAUGAACUUGGCGACUCACGCUGCGUGUGGAAGAGGGGUUCGCCAGAGGAAGAAACAAUCAGAAGUCACCCAGGUAUCAAUGAACGUACACACACGUGCUAAUGAGAUGUCCUCCUCUCCCCGACAACAAACAGUGUAUCACCAACGGAAUUAAAGUCUCAUUUCAGAA